CAGUUGUUGUCGCGUUCGCAUAGCGACGACCGUUAAAGCGAAAAGAAACCACGAAAAAUUGAAAUUCCCUUUUUUAAUUGGACACAUACAAAAGCAUCGAAUAGCCCAAAGAUAUUCGUUACCAAGAAAAUGGCAGCCUUGAUGCUGGCCAUGAACACAUCUAGCUCAACUGAGUUAUCUCCUGCUCUAGACCUGACCAGUGACUUCUCAUUAUUUCAAAAUGAGAAGUUCCUUUGGAAUCUAACACAAGCGCUUAAUAUAUCGGCGGACAAUUUGACCAGUCUCUUGCAUGGCUUGGAGCCACAGGAACUGUUGCAACUGGACCAGGCCCAGGCAACAAUGUCCACACGCACACCCAUGGGACUGCUGACCACGUUGAGUGUGGGCUAUGGCCUCAUCUUUGUGGCUGGUAUAUUGGGUAACCUAAUUACCUGCAUUGUGAUCUCACGUAACAAUUUUAUGCACACGGCAACAAAUUUCUAUCUCUUUAAUUUGGCCAUCUCCGACUUGAUCCUCUUGUGUUCAGGUAUGCCACAGGAUCUAUAUAAUCUCUGGCAUCCCGACAAUUAUCCCUUCACCGAUACCAUAUGCAUACUGGAGAGUGUCCUCUCCGAGACAGCAGCCAAUGCCACUGUGCUGACUAUAACAGCGUUUACAGUCGAACGUUACAUUGCCAUUUGUCAUCCAUUCAGGCAACACACCAUGUCAAAGUUAUCGCGUGCUGUGAAGUUCAUUUUUGCCAUUUGGAUUGCAGCUCUAUUACUGGCCCUGCCCCAAGCAAUACAAUUCUCAGUGGUCCAGGGAAUUGGUGCGGACUCCUCAUGCACUAUGAAAAAUGAUUUCUUUGCUCAUGUGUUUGCUGUUUCCGGAUUUCUGUUCUUUGGCGGCCCCAUGACUGCCAUUUGUGUCCUUUAUGUCCUCAUUGGGGUAAAGUUGAAGCGUAGUCGUUUGCUCCAGGCACUGCCACGUCGUUGCUAUGAUGUGAAUCGUGGAAUCAGUGCCCAGACUCGUGUCAUCCGCAUGUUGGUGGCUGUGGCAGUGGCUUUCUUUAUCUGCUGGGCACCCUUUCAUGCACAGCGUUUGAUGGCAGUUUAUGGUUCUACUUCGGGCAUUGAGUCCAAGUGGUUUAACGAUGUCUUCAACAUCCUUAACUAUACAUCCGGUGUGUUGUACUUUCUAUCCACGUGCAUCAAUCCGCUUCUGUACAAUAUAAUGAGCCACAAAUUUCGCGAGGCCUUUAAGGUUACUUUAGCUCGUCAUUUUCACAUUUCGAGCAAGACGCAGGGCCAAGGACGACCUCAUAUCUACAGCGCACUGCGACGCAAUCAAACGGGUUCUCUUCGCACAACGGAUAGCGUACGGACCACAAUGACAACUACAACGACAACAACCAAUCUGAAUGGCAACAGUAGCAACAGUGGCAAUUCGCAAAGAGUGCAUAGGAUUUCGAUGGACAGUACACAGGGUGCACAAAAUCGCAGCAGGCAGGAUCUUUUUGGAGGUCAACCGAAUCGGCCACAUCGACAAUUGCAAACACAGAUAUCCCAAUUGUCGUCUGUGGGGGAUGCUCACUCGCUCCUUGAGGGGGAUAUCCCCUGGCCGGUGGAACAAUAUGAGCUAGCUGGGCGACAGCAUCAACAUCCGCUUGUCAUGGGUUCCAUUGAUGAGCUAAGCUGUCAAUCGGUGGGUGUUGAUGUGGCGGGUGUAUCGCGUUCACGCCUUAAACUAACCCGCAUCACGCGCCAUCCACAGCCAAGCGGUUCAGUCAAGGCAACUGGAGAUGCUGCAGCCAAAGGGGGCGGGUGCGGUGGCGCGGGUGUUAUCGGUGGCAUUGCGGAUGAGGCAAAUGGCAGAGUGCGUAAGGCAAAGGCAAAAAGUCUUAAAACCUCCAACACUUUCAAGACUCUCAGGGUCAAACUCAAUUGGCCUGCCAGGCGCAAAGGCAGCCACAAGCCGCAGCAGCAGCAGCAACAUCAUUAA